CAGCAUUCAGUCAACCCUGUGAAAUUGAACAAUUGAAUUUGAGUAGCUUGGCAUUUGCCAUUGUAGAAAUUAUUGAAAUUUACGAAACAAAUAUAAAAAUAAACGGUGAAAGUAAUUUAAAAACAUUUAACGUCAUGGCGCAAAUUUGGCUGGACAACGAAAACGCCGGAGUUAACGUUUUCCCAAGAUCGAACAGAAAAACUAAGCAGACAUCGUUGCUGGGCAACAACAAUGCACUGCUGCAAUCGGGCAAGAAGAAUGUGCUCAGCUCGCUGGACAAUGUGAUAAACAACAACAAACCAAACGUCACGCCAUUUAAAAGCAACAAUAACAAUCAAAUAUGGCGAAAGAGCUGCGCCCCAAAAUUGUCGCUUUGCAAGGAAACGCUGCAAAAACAAAUGCGAAAGCAAAUCACAAAGGAUUCGCCUCCUUUUAACGAAGUCGAAUGCGAGUCGAAUGGUCAGGAGAUUGUGGCUGAGAAGAAGGAGGAGCUUGUCGAUUUUGAUCUGUUCGAUUUUAUGGACUUUCCCAGCUCAAAAUGUCUAAACAAUUGUCAUCAGCCCGCAUCGUUUAAUUGGCAGGAGCCUGAACCAUUGUUGAGCGAAGAUCUCAUCGAAAAAUUACUUAAUUAUUCACCAGCAUUUGAAAAAGAUUUUGUAAAUGAUGAUCAUGAAAUACCUCUGUAUCCGGAUGAUGAUCUGGAGCUAGAAUAUAAUAAUGAUUUCGAAGACAUUUCGCCUGAUUUAUUGGACGAUGCUGCACCACCUUUGCCAGCUAUAUUUGAGGACGAUUUUGAUCUAUUUUAAUGUAGCCAUAAGACUUUAGUUUUACAUUUUAAAUUCAGUUAAGUUUAUUUUUCAAUUGUUAGCCAUUACUAAAUGUGCGUGAAUUAUAUUAA